CAGCCAUAUUUUUUCUUACAGCGCCCAUACUUCUCCCCUUCACCGGCUACCCGCAUUGAACAACCUACAACCACUUCAUCGAGCGCACCCACCAAAAUUUUUCUCGUGGAGUACUUUCUGCAACUGUAACUGACAAACAGAAUUAUAGCGGUCUUUUGCAUAAGUGACACAAGAAUUGUGCCACCUCCACUAGCAACCAAAUCGGCGACGAUACUCGUGAUGUGCGGUGCCUUCUAGUAAUCCCCGCUUGAUCACGAAUGACCCAGAUGAGGUGAGACAAGGGAGCUGGCUCUUGAAGUGAAACGUGCCCGAGCCUGUCUUUGACCUACCACACGCAGCAAACGAAAACGAAGCGAAAUUUGGCGUCGGGAGGCGUCCACUGCACAGCAUAGGUCCAUCUUCGAACUGCAACGGAUUACUUAAUAUCAUGCGCUUCGACAUGAACGAUUACGAUCCCUGGGAGGACGACCGCGUGCAGCAUUUUGAACUAGAUUCGCACGCGUUGAUCUUACGCCAAGGGGACUUCGACCGAUGGAUCUUGCCCUUGCUUCAGCACGUAGAGGCCCUGCGGGCGACGACUACUGCUUCCACGUCGAAUCAAACCGGUGGCACCCAAGGUACUAUGACUGUCGUGAAGAUGAUUGAAAGCUUAAGCAUCUUGGUUCGUGAUUUUUGACGUCAGUUUGCUGAUAAUUUGAAAACGGAAACAACAGACCUGGUAUUGAGAGUUGUGAGUUUGAGUUUCCUAUCCAGAAAUAAACUUUGCAGCACAUGAUCACGCCGCACACAAUCUGCCCUUCCGUAACUGGGACGAGCUAGUGGAACUUGGUUUCCAGGCAGAGGAGGCGAAUAAGCGCAAGUGCGCCAGGGGUGCACUACACACUCCGACUAAGUGCCAGGCUGUUGUUCUGCGCAAGGGCACGGUGGUUACAAUCGCUGGCGAGGCAAAGCGCUUCGCACAACUGCUGGAACAAAAACAAAAAGUAGUCGUGGAGCUGUUCAAAAAAGGACUUGGCUUACCCGGUCCAGUUGGAGGCACGAUGCCCCCAACCACGAGCAGUUCUUUGACAGUCUCCGGCAGCGAAUCAACAACGACGCCUGCCGGAGGUGCUGCGACAAAAGAAGAGGACCACUCCAGCCCGGGCACCUGUUGCGCGCAAGAUAACCACGUGCAGCUCUUGCAGGACAGAAUUAUCCGGAAGAUCUUUGCGGAAAACCCGCGUGUCGUCACGCGCGCGUUUGCGGCACUGCAAAAAAGUCCCGGCGCGGGAUCACUACUACACCUUCCGACGAGCAACUACUUUCCGACUCACACCGACCCGAACGGCGCAGCACCGUCCGAGGAGUACGUGGUUGUGGCCCUGCAGCGCGCCGAGGAUGUCCGCGUCUACAGUAGGAGAAUGAUCCAGUAUAAGCAAAUCUGCGAAGGCCUUGUUUGGGCAAGGAAAGAUGCACUGAAAGAGCUGCAAUGCUUCGUCGAAGAUCAGGAGGAGGAAACCGAAAAGUGCUUGAAAAUGGUGGAGGAUUACAAUACGCAGAGCCAUGUGCAGUCCUGGAUCGCAGAUUUUCUUCCGAGUCUCCAUCUGGACUUCGAAAUCAAAAACGCCGGCUUUAACACAAUUUUGAAGCACAAGGUCGAAUGCCUCCCAGGCGAACUUGUCAACCUGAUCAAGCUAGAGUGUGUGGGUUGGGGUUAUGAGUUCUCUGCGUUUCACCAAGUCAAGACCACGGUGCACAGCGCGUUGGGGCGAGACGUGUUGCUCCGGCUGCUGCAGUUCCAAAACGCCACGGGAAAAGCGCUGCUUGAUGAGGUGCAUCGAAGUUUGGAAAAGGACGGAUUGCUCCAGCCACUCGACGGUGGCGCGCCGCAGCUGGAUGGCCGAGCGCAUCCUUUCGUGCAGCAGAAGUCGGGGUUCACGAUGGACUGUGUAUCCAGGAUCCUAGAAGGCGCGUCUUACAACAUGCAUCACGAUGAAGCCGUUUCUGAGCAGAUCCUACAGCAUGCAUCACCAGAUGAAGAGCACGACUUCGUCGAGAGCGGGCGACCGUAUCCAAUACAGAACGCAGCGCUGUUGUCCGAUCUCCGAUGGAAUCGCGAUACUGUUCGACGAGAGGAAGCAUGGCGCACAAACUUCUUGGAUUCGAGUACUUGGACGACGGAGCAGAGGUUGAAGAGCAGCUCAGGCAAAACUGCGCAGCUCUUGUACCCCUUCAGAAAGGUGCACCGGAUCCUUGGAACGCACACCCGGAAUCCCAGCACCUACGACAAAGACGCGGCUGAGAAGAAUCAGUCGCAAAGGGAACCGCAGUUCUGCUCGUUUGCCCUCGCGGCGGGCUUCCACACCAGAGUGGACGAUGAGACGCCUGACCUCAAUAGAUAUUUACAGCGGGCGGGAAUCGUGAACAUGGGCCUCUUCGAGAGGGAGAACGAAUGUGAAGGCAGCGCGUUUAAGAUCAAGGACUUGCCAAUUGGGGACGCAAGGAGGGAAGUGACGAGAAGAGGAAACCCAGAUGGCCCCAGCUACUUGUAUUGUUUUGUCGGUGAGUACUUACGCCGAUGGACGGUUCUCAUGCCGGAGUUUACCAAGUUCGCCUUCGCACUCACCUCGACAGUCCGCGGCCCAAAAGGGCCGGAGCGGAAGCGGGUUCCCGUCACGCGUCGACGCAAGGUAGCAGUCCCGGUGAAGGGGUGGAAGUGUGAUCACAGCGCACUGGAUGUGAACAUGGGCUAUCGUUUUCGCGGGGACUACUGGGACCCUUUCGACACCUUUACCUACUAUUCCCUCGCCGCGUGGACUCCCUACGAAGCACUAUCUUUUGAAGAAUCGGCUGCACUGUACUACUACCGAAAGGAAUUUUCCCAGCAACGCGGCGUGCAGACGAGUCGCGGCAACGAAAUAGCAACUGAGAAUGAAGGGCUCACUGCCGGGAGCAGCAUCUUUUCACAGCAAGAGCAGAGAACGGCUGAUAACCCGACCUUCCUGCCGACUUCUGACGAGAACAACAUCGAGGCUGACAUGAAAGUUGCCCUAGAGAUCAUGUGGAGGGGAGACCCACCAUCUAAAAAGGAAAACUCUGCCGGGUCGGGCGGUUCUACGGGACAGCAACAGGUGGAGGAGCAACAGGGGGAGCAAUUGGUGGGCAUCACGAGUGCCGCGGAAAACGCCACGUCGAGCGAGCCUCGGUGGACAGUGACAGCACAGCUGGAACACCUCGUCGCGCCCGUCGAAUCGCUAUGAAGUGCAAAUCUGUUUCCGCUGUCCCGGGAAAUAGACAAUCAUGUUUGUCAUGCUCAUGGUAAUUUAGGCAGAGGGUCUGUGCUGCCACGGAGAAGGGUUCCGGAAGGCAUGACAGAUUUUGCCAGGGUCAGCAGCUUUACCAUUUGACAUGCGCAGUGAAUCAAUCGUCCUGUCUUCUUGCAUCACGAGGUGGCAACCUUUUGGUUGGGAUGAAAUCAGCAAUUCUUUCGGAUCAUGCAUAGCAAUUUUUUGUGCAGCUUCUCGUGAGCCGCCACAACCAUGCAUUCCUCCAUGCAGACGAAGGCAUAUUUGCAAUCCAUAAAAGCUCCCGUCCUAUGAUUUUUGCUUCGCUACAGAAGCGGAGGCCAACGCCUUCGCCAACGAUCUGCAGGCUUUCUGCCGCAUCGGGAUGGACUGCACCAGCGUGAGAAAUACGCAGGCCCAGCAGCUCUUCAGCGUGUUUGAUUCGCAGCUAGGGAAAGAGCUCUGCAGCCCCAUGAUGGAGCACGUGUUCCCCUUCGGCCGCUACACCAGUGCGGUGACCGGAAAGAACUACGCCUACAAACCGUUUGACCGCAUUAUCCGCAUGUGGCUCACUGAUGACGACUUUUGUCCUGAUGAGGCCACCGAUUUGAAGAAAAGGAAACUGGAGAAUGGUGGGAGUGAAUUUCCAGAGACAAAUAUCGGCAAUACAACCUGGUUCGACGUUGCGCGGACCGUGCUGUCGCGGCGGCUCGAAAUCGAGAAUAACGCGGACCUCCUCGCCCCUAUUGAGAUCCAGUGCUUUUUCGGCAACAAGACAAUCGAAGAGCUCAGACGCGAAAAGAAGAAAGAGCAAGAGGAAGCUAUGGCCUGCUCAGGCACUGCAGCAAUCUCACCUACCAACAUGAAACAUAAAAGGGUGCAUGUGCAGGCAGUGGCUCGCUAGCACGAGUUUAGGUCAUGUUACCUUGCUUCCACCGCCCAGUGUCUUGCAUUUGCAAAUGGUAUAGAAUAUGUCCUACGGCUACUUCAUAGUUUGGAGGGCGGAUUAAGGCGGCGUAAGUGUGCGGAGCGUUCAUACGAUCUGACUGACUGGUCAAAUUGUACUGCCUGAGCAUUCCAUAUGCGACGAAAAGGAGGAGAUACAAAAGAUAUAAAGUACUCAAAGCUUUCGAUGUGCGACCGAGCAGGAUUUCGUCUCUUCGAGGUAUAGGACUGCAGGGAUUUUCUCCUCCUCCGAGCGAAAUUGAAUUUGCAAAUUAUUUCGGAUGAGCUGAAUCGGAAAAAAAAAUUAAUAUAUUUUCCAAACGCGCGGCAUUUUCAAGUAAUGUUGAUGGCAAGGAAAAAGACAGAGUAUGGUCGCGGGCCAGACAAGGAGACCUUCACUUCUUUGUUGUACUACAUUGAGCGCACUAUCGGUAUGGACUCCAUAUCGAUGGUCACCAAAGAGUGCGAGAGGCGAAACGCGGUUUAUUUUCUGCGAGAGAAAAUUUCUGCGAGAGAAAAAGACGGAAGAACUUCGAGAGAAAACAUGCGUGCAAAUGUCGACAACGACAUUCUCCCGAUGAUAAUGGGUCCUUCGCAGCUACAGACUGAAAAACAAUAAAACGCAGGCACUUCUUCUUCUAGCGACUCUGUAUUUGUGGAUGCUCGACUUCUACACCGCUAAAAUGAGGGGUUUUCGGGGAUCAUGCUAGAGCACCACAUGACUCCGAAAAAAGAGCAGGCUUUCAAGACUUCGGUCCCCGCGUGAAGGCGUGAGCGGUUUUUGCUGCCACUCCUGCAAAGCCUCACGGUAUGUUGUUUUUUUAAAUUUUUCUUUCUACGAUAGUUCACAAUUCCCCCUCUCCCCCAUUUAUCAUGCGACUUCCCCCUCAUUUGUCAUGCUAAAUCCACACUCCAGCUGCUGCCUUGAGGUUCUGUCAGCAUGGCAAAUUUCGGAGGCACGUCGAGCAGUACUAUACUAAAUCGGGCACGCUGAUUUGUCAUGCGCAGGCUCCUUCUGUGCUGGUGCUCGUAUUGCUAUGCAUGCCAUACGAAUGAAGGACGAGGGGGGGGGGGGUUGUGCACUCUCCUACUUAUGCACUCCUACAAGUAGUUGGAGAUGAAGGAAGAUACUACUAGCACGUAGAUUUAUGCAUUGCAAAUUUGUUAGGGUCUGGAAGACUGACAAAUUGAAAUUGUGAUGCGGAUUCUGGAAUAGACAAAAAUUUGUGUUGCAUACUCAGCAAAAGAUGUCACAUUUCCUUCUUGAAAGUGCCUUUUACACGCUGGCUGCGCAUGGAGAAGUUCGCCCAGAAUUGGACAGGCUCGGCAUGAAGAUGCAUUCCGCUUCCAUCUUGCAAAUGGAAAAAGAACCGCAUGACAAGUUAGUACGAUCCGCCUCCUUCCAGACCUCGACAUGCUGUGUGCAACGGAUUAUAACGCCACACUCAGUUGUCUGCCCUCUCCUUCACGGCACCGAACGUAGAAGAUCAAAGACAAUUUCGAUGUACAACUUUAUCUUUUUCUCCACCUACAGGUACCAUCGAUGCUGUUCCAGCCUUUCUUCCGCGACGUGUACGGUUCCCAUGCCAGUCGUUCUCGACGGAACGAAACACCUGGAAGCGCGAUGGAUUUCCAGGGAGGCGUUGUAGGCUAUGGCGUUCUCAAAUGUUACACUCUCAACUGUUUACAUGAAUUUGUGAUGCAAGAAUGUGAAAAGCAAAAGAAGGGAGCUUGCCCCUCUCCUCGCAUUACAAAUUUGGCGCAGCUUUUAAUGCUGUUUAGCUCCUCGAAAAUUUGUCAUGCGAAGUAGGUUCGUCGUGUGGAUGCUGGUGCGCAUUAUGCAUGACUGUGGUAGUUGAGAAUGUAACGUUUGAGAGCUCCAUAUAGUCUAGCGUGAUGCAACGAUGAUUCUAUCCCUGAAAGCGCCUCGGUCUAUACGGAAUCCAACAAUGAUACAAGGCAAUUAUCGAUUUACUUUACAAGAUACAAUUAUGAUGAGAUUGUUUAUUAUACAAGAUACUUGACAAAAAGCGACAACAAGGAAACAUUACAGCUGUAUGAAAUUGACACAGCAACAGAAUUCCUUUACUCCUUCAGCCCCGAUAGUAAACUCAUUUAGUCGAAAGCUAUGUCAAUUCGAAAUCUCCUGGGAGUACCGAUAUAGCGGACGAUUUUUUGAACAUUGACGACAUCACUUUUGCCCGCAAUGAGAAACACGAAAGACAGCAAAAAGUGUAGAAGGAGAACAGUUUUUUAAGCCGAAAAAAAUUUCAUCCAGGAAGAGACUCAGACUUCCGGAGGGGGCAACCGCUUAUCCUGAAGCUUCUGUGCAUGCUGCGUGCUUGAGCAUUUUUCGUCUCGCGGCUCAGAAGUACUAUGCUCAGAGGGGCACGGGCACGACGAAAAGGCAGCAAUUGUGUUCGUAGCAUACAAAUUAUUUGAGACAGCAUUUCCAACAUCGUCACAACCUGGAGGUCGGACUCAUCGUCACAAAUCGCAGCCAGUUGCAAAUGGUUAUACGUAUUUCAUAGUGAAGAUGUUGCUUUCACAAAAAAUCUUCGCAACAAAUUUUGCUUUAUUUUUCGGCUCAGUUCAAGUGCUUUUCGUUUUCCACACGACUAAUUCAUCUGUACAUAUAGACUCGUAUAAUUGUACUCCGCGUUCAUAGUACGCUAAACAACUUGUUCGUCUCGAAGAUCGACCAGUGUUGAGUGACAAAGAAAUCUAUUUCGACGAGAGGGUGAUCGACGUGAAACGCUUUGUCUUCGUCACGCAUCGAAUGUCGUUGAUCGUACUCGUAAGUAGCUGCUGGUUGUGAGUUUCGAAUAUUAGAAACGUCGCGCCUGCUUGAUUUCUCAUUGAGUGAAACAGGAGAGGUGGAAGACGCUGUGUGGCUCUUAAUCGAAGGAAGUAUAAGAAUUCGAACAUCGAAAAAAGCCGGUUUUUUACAACAACGCGACCUACUUCGAACUUUCGAGAUCAGAGCAAAAAGAUAGUCUGACCCAGUUCGUCGUCAGUGCGUGUAAAAAGCGAAAAACGCCUCUCUGUCCUGACGCCACUUGUUUCGCACCUGGAGAAGCAACAGGACCAAACAGCCAAGGAGUCGCAGGAUUAUGCAAGACAAAUUUUACCUGAGUCCAAACUUUUGUAAUAUCAUGUUAGCUUCAUAAAGAUAAAACGCAUGACAAACAAAGCAUCAAAAGGUAAUUUUCUAUACCAUCUUGCAGGCAAGAGUGCGUGACGAGUUUGGGACGCUCAAAAUUUGUCAUGCAUAUCGCCCAUCCGACACCAUGCCGAUUUCCUCCAAGACCUCGUCUAUGCACUGCAAAAGCAUCGUACUCGUAGUAUUGCAAUACAAAGUAGCUCAACAUGACAAAUGGAAUUUGUCAUGCUGAUUUAGCUUGAAAAAGAAAUUUGUAAUGCAUAACUGCAAUUAGUACGAGUGCGAUACUUUUGCAGUUCAUAUCGUCUGAGUGCAAAUGAUAUGACAGUGCACAACUCCCCCCCCCUCAUUUGUAUAGCAUGAUCAGCAACAGAAUACAAGCGCCAUCGGGCCUGGAGCCUGUGCAUGACAAAUUUAUGUACCGACUGUAGUACUGUUUGGGCUUUCGAGCAACGACAUGCGUGCAAAUGUCGACAACGACAUCGUCGAGUACACUGCUUGCAUCUACAGCAUCACUCGGUUUGUUAUUUCACUCAUUUAUCUUCUUCUUCUUCGUGCUUUUCAUCUUCAGCUUGUUAUUGUGAACAAGGAAAUUUGUCGGAAUUCGGAAAACGUCAGCGCUUGUCGCCGGUGCUGUUUAUCAUCUUGAAGUUCAUAUUUUUCGUAAUCCGGUUGAGAAUUUGAGAGCUUCUAGUAACGGUUCAAAAACAGCAUUACAGAUUCAGAAAAAGUUCAGAAGUGUCUUGCUGUCGCACCCUACCGCGACGCUCUUUGAGCGGUGCUUCUCAUAUCUAUGUAUUUCCCUGUUGUUGAAGAAGAGAUUUUUAUUUUUAUAUUUCCACAAAAGAAAACUAACCUUUGCCACGACCUGGGGCGGUCGGUGCUGUGCGUAAAAACGUAAAAUGUGCGACGGUUUGCCGGUACAGCAAUACAAAUUUUGUGCGUGUCAUCUUCUUCAUCGUCUUCACGUUCUUUGUCCUUCAGCGCGUUUUCUUUCUUUCAGCGAAACGAAAAACCAUCGGUGGACAAAACUUGCAUGUACAGCUUUUUUCACAGAGAGAUCGCGAAGAGCAACAUCAUCGGAUCGUGAAGAACAGCACUAUAACUUCAUUUUCAAAAUGUCGGUCGCCAGAGAACGGAAGUAGAAAUAUAAGUAAGCGCAAUUCUAAAAACAAAUAUCUUUGUGCCAGCACCAGAGCCAUCUCGUCUUCAUCAUCAUUAUCAUCUUCUUUCUUUUUCUCCUCGGGCGGGUUUGCCAAUCGUUCGGUUCAAAAUUCGGUGUAGUAACUGUGCUGUACUGAAGUUAGUGUUUGCAAAACCCCUUCUGUAUCUCGUGAAGUUGAUCUUUCAGUCGCAGAAUACCUAAGGCGGUGGUGAGAUCGGCAGGUGGUCGAGGUUUCUCCGGAAGCAGGCCCGGAUGUAACGCGCCCGAUCCAUCUGGUUGGCAGCCCACUGCUGUCCGUUGUUGUCGUUCUGCACUGCUGCGUUUUUCCGGUCGUCAUGGAUGCGGCCGAGGAUGGUGGUCAGACGCGCCAAAGAUAGAUUUUGGAGCUUCUCGGCGAUGCUGUUGUUCCCCGCCGCGGCGAACUGUGUGUCGUUCCGCGCCUGUGGAGACAGAAUCGAAAAAAUCCAUCCCUUCUGGUAGUCGUCGUCCACGUUCCCAGCGCCCCAGUGCACGUCAACGGUGUCAACCCGCUGCACGAUAGGUGCGCCGUUGAUACCCGCUGGGGGGGCAGGUUGUAAGUUUUGGUUCGCGGCGGGAGCGGGGGGUCCACCUGCACCACCGGCUCCUCCUCCACCAGCAACUCCUGCACCGCCAGCACCUCCUCCACCAGCAGCUCCUGCACCACCCGCAAUUCCUCCUCCGCCUCCGCCUCCGGCCGGCGGAAUAGGUCCGAAUCCUCCUGGCGGCGCGCCCGCACCUCCUCCGAAUCCUCCUCCUAGUCCCGGCGGGGGGCCGGCCAUGCCAACCGGAUAAACCUGUUGCUGUUGCGGGUACACCUGUUGGUGCGGUUGGUUUGGGUACAUCUGCUGCUGCUGAUGCAUCUGCUGCUGCUGAUGCAUCUGUUGCUGUUGGUACAUCUGCUGCGGCUGGUAGUACUGGUGCGGGAAUUGGUUUUGCUGUUGGAUCAUGCAUAGCAAUUUUUUGUGCAGCUUCUCGUGAGCCGCCACAACCAUGCUUUCCUCCAUGCAGACGAAGGCAUAUUUGCAAUCCAUAAAAGCUCCCGUCCUAUGAUUUUUGCUUCGCUACGGAAGCGGAGGCCAACGCCUUCGCCAGCGAUCUGCAGGUUUUCUGCCGCAUCGGGAUGGACUGCACCAGCGUGAGAAAUACGCAGGCCCAGCAGCUCUUCAGCGUGUUUGAUUCGCAGCUAGGAAAAGAGCUCUGCAGCCCCAUGAUGGAGCACGUGUUCCCCUUCGGCCGCUACACCAGCGCGGUGGACGGAGAAAACUACGCCUACAAACCGUUUGACCGCAUUAUCCGCAUGUGGCUCACUGAUGACGACUAUGAGGGCAUCAAUUUGAAGAAAAGGAAACUGGAGAACGGUGGGAGUGAAUUUCCAGAGACGAAUAUCGGCGAUACGGCAACCUGGCUCGACGUUGCGCGGACCGUGCUGUCGCGGCGGCUCGAAAUCGAGAAUAACGAGGACCUCCUCGCCCCUAUUGAGAUCCAGUGCUUUUUCGGCAACAAGACAAUCGAAGAGCUCAGACGCGAAAAGAAGAAAGAGCAAGAGGAAGCUAUGGCCUGCUCAGGCACUGCAGCAAUCUCACCUACCAACAUGAAAUAUAAAAGAGUGCAUGUGCAGGCAGUGGCUCGCGAGCACGAGUUUAGUAUAAAUGUUAUCUUGCUUCCACUGCCCAGUGUCUUGCGUUUGCAAAUGUUAUAGAAUAUGUCCUACGGCGACUUCAUAGUUUGGAGGGCGGAUUAAGGCGGCGUAAGUAUGCGGAGCCUUCAAACGGCUUGCAGAUCUGACUGACUGGUCAAAUUGUACUGCCUGAGCAUUCCAUAUGCGACGAAAAGGAGGUGGAGAUACAAAAGAUAUAAAGUACUCAAAGCUUUCGAUGUGCGACCGAGCAGGAUUUCGUCUCUUCGAGGUAUAGGACUGCAGGGAUUUUCUCUUCCUCCGAGCGGAAUUGAAUUUGCAAAUUAUUUCGGAUGAGCUGAAUCGGAAAAAAAAAUUAAUAUAUUUUCCAAACGCGCGGCAUUUUCAAGUAAUGUUGAUGGCAAGGAAAAAGACAGAGUAUGGUCGCGGGCCAGACAAGGAGACCUUCACUUCUUUGUUGUACUACAUUGAGCGCACUAUCGGUAUGGACUCCAUAUCGAUGGUCACCAAAGAGUGCGAGAGGCGAAACGCGGUUUAU